AUGGUUUUGAUUAAAGGUGUGAAAUAUGCGUGCGAACGUUGUAUUCGUGGCCAUCGAGUAACAGGAUGCACUCAUACAGACCAGCCUUUAAUGAUGAUAAAACCUAAGGGUAGACCAUCCACUGCUUGCCAACAUUGCAAGAAUAUGAGGAAAAAUAAAAAUAUUAAUCCUUCAGGUGUAUGUACUUGUGGGCGGCAAAAAAAAAUAGAAGAACAAAAACGAAAGCAGAGAGAAAGGAAACAACAACAAGGUGAUUUGGUUAAUGAUAACACAAUAAUAGCUUCUAGUUGCGACUGUGAAAUAUCUGAAAAAUGUGUUUGCGGAAGCAAAAGAAAAAAUACAAAAAAAUUUAAGGAUGUUACUAGUAUAACUGGUAGCACUAGGGGUAGAAGAAGAAAAAUCACAACUAACAUAGCUAAAAUAGAAAAUGGUACUGAGGGAAGCAAUUAUUUCGGUAAUAGAAAUGGUAUAUUAAGUCGUAGCACCAGUAGUUUAAGUAUCAAUAAUAAUAGUAUAAACAAGUUAACUGAUAACCAAGCAGUGCAUGUCUUCUCUCAGGAUAAUAUACUUCAUAAUAAUGUACAAAACAGUAAAAAUAAAAACAAUUUAGUAAAUGAUGUGCCGUCCUCGGUUUCUCUAAGGUCAUUCGAUAUCAGUGUUAACAAAGUCACUAAACCUCAAAUAGUAUCUUCAACCUCCUCAACCUCACUAAUAUAUCAUAAUAAUAAUAAUAAUAACAGUAACAGUAACAAUCAUAAUCAUAAUAAUCAUGUACAUAAUAUUGCUAAUAUUUCUUCAAAACAACCUUUUGACCAAGAAUUAUGGACAGAUGUACAAAAUAUUAGAUACUCUGUUUUACCUGACUCAAACAAGUCCAAUAUCAAUAACACUAGUAGUCCUACAAAUGUGCUAAUGAGUGACAACAACAACAGUAAUAAUAUACCGAGAUUUAAUCCAAGUUUUAUGCCUUCUGAAUCCUCUCCACACAAUAAUAAUGAUAAUAAAUACUCUCCAAGUUCUCAUAUUACAAACCCAAUGAAAGUUGGAGAAGUUUCUAUUCCAUUACGAGAGUAUAUUCCAAAUGAAAUCAAUGGUAUUGGUAAUAUAAAUGAUGCUACCAUGAACAGUUCGAAUAUUAUCAAUAAAAAUAGCGAUGCCGUAUCUCUGCAAAAUUCUAAUUCUACUCUAUUCGUGGAUGCAAGUUCUAAAAUGCCAACUCAUGAUGAAAUUAAUACUAAUGAUAAUAAUAUACAUAUGAAUGUUAAUAGUAGCAGGGAUAAUAGCUACAGCAGUAGUAACACAACGACAACUAACAAUAAGGAAUUGUUUGUGGAUGAGGAUCUAUUGAUUAAAGAUGUUCCUUGGCCUUUUCAAGCUGCAACAACUGGUUCUGGAUUGUUAGACCUUUUUUCGGAUACUUCAAACCCACAACAGUUUAUUAAAUUAAAAAGUAAGCAACAACAGCAGCAGCAACAACACUCAACACAUAGAUUUUAUCAUGAUGGUGCAACACCUCCUGAACUAACGAUGAGCACAAACGAAAACUCUGGAAUAAAAAGGUCUAAUUCAAUCAAAUCAACCACUUCUAAAGCGGCCAGUAUGGUAAGAAAUGCAAGUUUUGCCACAUAUGUUAAUGCUAACGUUAACGGAAAUAGUGUUGCAGAUAGUAACAUUCAUAAUUAUUCGUCUAGUAUUAUAUCUGACGAUAACAUGAGAGCACAUGAACUGCCGCCAAUAGGUAGUUUCAAGGAAAAGGGAUAUAGAACCUCGCAGGUCCUAAGUAGUAGUAAUAGUGGUGUUAAUUUAAAUCAACAUUUUGUGAACCACCAUAAUAAACAAACAAGAUUAGAAAACGUUAACAAUACCCAUAACCCUAAUAACAAUAAUAAUGUGAAUGACACUGAAAGUAUUAAAAGUGUAGAAGUUUUAUCUUUAACUCCAGGAUUCACCGACAUCCCAGAAAGAGCCACACCCUCCUCUAACCCAUUCAUAUAUAAUAAUAAUAAUAAUAAUAACAAUAUUAAUGAUAGCACCGAUACUGUUACUGGGAAUAAGCACAACCAUCAUAACAAUUUACAUAAUAAUAAAAGAUAUAUUCAUACAACUGCCGGCGUUAAUAAAAGUAACGGUACUAGUUCAGUAAUGGCUUUAAAGCAUCAUAAUACUGGUGGCGAACAUUAUUCGUCUUAUAAAGCAAGUGCUAAUACAUCAAUUAAUAACUUAACUAAAUCCUCAAAUCAUUCACAGCAACAUCAUGGAAUCACCAAAAGUAAGUCUUUUGUUGUUAAUAGUAAUAACAAUUCCUCAGCCGUCAUUCAUGACUCAGAAAGUAUUUCUUCCUUAGGUUUGUCAACUUUGGAGAAUAGUAAUGUUGUUGCGAACAACAACAGCGCUAAUAACAUGGGUAAUUUCCCCACAUUAGGUUCGUUUUCAUCUUAUAGAAGUAAUGGGAGCCCUUAUUACCCUAAUAAUCAUGAACUUUCCUCUCCAAAUAACAAUAAUUUCAAUGCCAAUAACGCUUCUUCCACCAUUAUGUCAUAUAAUAUACCUUCUUCCACAGCAACUAAAAAGGAGUUUGGCGUGAAUAAUAAUAAUAAUAAUAAUAAUAAUACGAUGGUUGCCCCAAGUGUUGAUUUGUUUGAUUCGCCUUCAUCAAUAAUGACUCUGGGAAGUGGCGAUCCUGCCCAAGUUUCUAGUUUAGUUUCACCAGCUGAUUCACAUAAUACCAGCAAUAAUAUCAAUUUAGUGACAACAACAAUUACUAAUUCUAGUAGUCAAAGUGGAAGCGGAGCCAGGGGCUCUAUGCACAGCGGGAAUGGUUCGGCUAACGGUAAAACCAUACCUAACAACAGCAAUAGUAGCACUAGUGUUGCAAAUCAUAAUACUACUGGCAACACUAACUCUACCAAUAGUUGUGUUAGUGUCCCAUAUUCUAAUAAAAAUGAUAUUGCCGAUGGUACAUCCGAUAUUUUCAAUGAAUUAGAAACAUUAACUACGGACCCCGCAAACUACUUUAUGAACGUGGAACUAAUAGAUAAUUUAAGUAAUGUUUCUGCCAUUAGGAAUAAUGUUAGUAAGCAUGCUGCUGCUUAUGACAAUCUUGAAAGUAAUAUUACCGUAGAUCAGACCAACAAGACUGGCAAUACCAAUGCUAAUUUUUCGAUUGAUGGAAACCAAACUAGUUUCAACAAUGUUUCUCCAAGACAGGCUCUGCCAAAUCAAAUAAUAUAUCAAUCUACAAUAAACACUAAUAAUAAUAAUAAUAAUAAUACCAAUGAACUUGGGGAUUUGAUCUCUGGCACUGGGUCUUUGUUAAAUUAUUCAUCCGCUACUUUCAAUAGCUCUGUCCCUAAUACUGGAAAACAUAUUACUGCCAAUCGUACCAAUUGCAAUAAUAGCAACACUGUUAGUCCUGCUUCUGUAACUUCGAGAAAUUUAAAUGACGGCUCGCCAAACAGUACUACCAGUUCAGGAAGUGGACUGGAGGAAUUCAGUGCAAUUGAUAGACUAGUUUCAUAG